UGGGUGCCUUUUCCAUGUCAUGUCUAGAGGACAUUAUCUAGCAGCAGAUGUCUGAGCUUUGGGAUUUUCUGAUUUUUCUGUUCCUUUUAGGUAUACUUUUCCCAGCACUAUUUCUGGAGGAAGUUAUCUUUUCUAAAGAGUGUGUUUUGGGCACCUUUGUAAUGAUCAGGUAGCUGUAGCUAUGUGGGUUUAUUUAUAAGUCUUCUAGUCUAUUAAAUUUAUCUACAUAUCUAGGUUUUGUUGGUACUAGGGUGUUUUUUGUUAUGAUGACUGUGUAUCACGACUUGGAUGGGUACUGUAAUGUUACCUGCUUUUUUCUUUCUACUCAGGAUUACUUUGACCAUUCAGGUUGUUGCUUUCCCUUUUGAUGAUAAGAUCGUUGGAGGAUACACCUGCCAGAAGGAUUCUGUCCCCUACCAGGUGUCCCUGAACUCUGGCUACCACUUCUGCGGAGGCUCCCUCACCAAUGAUCAAUGGGUGGUGUCUGCAGCUCACUGCUACAAGAACCGCAUCCAAGUGAGGUUGGGAGAGCACAACAUCAACAUCCUUGAGGGCAAUGAGCACUUUGUCACUGUUUCCAAGAUCAUCAAGCACCCUGACUUUGAUGUGAAAACCCUGGAAAAUGACAUCAUGCUGAUCAAGCUCUCUUCCCCUGUGACCCUCAAUGCCCGAGUGGCCACUGUAGCUCUGCCCACCUACUGUGCACCUGCUGGCACUCAGUGCCUCAUUUCUGGCUGGGGUGAUACCUUGAGCUUUGGCGUGAACCACCCAGACCUACUCCAGUGCCUCGAUGCCCCACUACUGCCUCAGAUUGACUGUGAAACCUCCUACCCUGGAAGGAUCACCAAUAACAUGGUUUGUGCUGGCUUCCUUGAGGGAGGCAAAGAUUCCUGCCAGGGUGACUCUGGUGGCCCUGUGGUCUGCAAUGGAGAGCUCCAGGGCAUUGUGUCCUGGGGUUAUGGCUGUGCCCUGAAGGACAACCCUGGUGUGUACACCAGGGUCUGCAACUAUGUGGACUGGAUUGCGAACACCAUUGCUGAUAACUAAGAAUCCUUAAUCCCUCUGAAGUCACUAAGUCAAUAAAGUGAAUUCCUACUUUC